CUGUCAACAAAUAAAUAGAAAAAAAGUUGUGAACAGUCAGAAAACACCUGAAUUCUGUUUUUAUGCAAAAAAUCGAUUAUUUGUGAAUGAAAUUUUGUGUUAGAUAAAUUAAAUUGUUUGAGUGUUGGUGUUAAAUUGCAAGCAAACCAAUUUAAAAAGUCUGCCUGGAGCAGCGAAACAAUUUUCAAUGGAGACGAAUUGCAGUCAUGCAGAUGAUGAUCCGGACGUUCUGGCCGAAGACAACACUAGACCAUCGUUACCGGAAGAUUUCCCUAAUUUUCGAGACUUUCAAAUCGAAAAAAUGGUGCAACAUUUCAGGGUGGUGACCGAUGGUUCUGAACAGCGACUCCGACUAGGCUUCAAAUGUAAAUUGUGUAAUGAGGUGUUCAAUAAAACCAUGCAGUUGCUGGGCCAUAUACGAAACCAUUUUGAGGACAACCAUAGCUGCAGAGACUGCGGGAAAUAUUUUUUCGAUACGAACAAAUUGAAUAUUCAUAAAAGAGCUAAACAUACCCAAGCGUUGAAGUGCCAAUUGGGGUGCCCUAGCUACACAACUUCGAAUCUGAAAUGUUUACAAACACAUUAUUUGCGUUAUCAUUGCUUGAAAAUACGACCUAGGGAAAUGAAAAAAAUGGAAGAAAAACUGAAUCCAGCGAUUCGACCAGACAAUCCUGUAGAAAAACAACGAGUUCACAGAGUUCAAAUUGUAGAUCAACAACGAUCGCUACCUGCGGCUCAGGAGCCAGAAGAAGAAAAUGCAGAAGAAUUAGAACAGGACACCGCUUUUAAGCCGGACCUGGAAGAAGAUGAUUUUGACGAACCUGAAGACUACGGCCAGACGGUAGAAUGCUGUGUAUGUGAUGUUUACAUUCCGACCGAAGAAGAUCUGCGAUUACACGAGGAAACCCAUAACAGCCCAUUUGUAUGUAAAAUAUGUUUCAAUGCUUUUGAGCAGCUAGACGAUGCCCGAGAUCAUUAUGAUGCUCACGAGAAAACGCAGGUUAUGCAAAGUCCAAUUCAAAUUCAAUCGAUAAAUAUCUCCCCUGCAAUUGUACAGCAGCAGAUCCAUCAGACUAGUAUACCGGUAACGGCUGUUGCUAGUCAGCAUCAUAACCCUACCCCCAGUAUGGCAACUAUGAUUGUAAUGCACAAUGGGACACCUAUUUUGAUUCCAGUGCAAACCUUCGACAGCAGUCAACUGGUUCCAGCAUUUCCACAGCAACAAAUCCCUCCACAAGCUACAACGACUGCCACCACGAUUACUCCGAUCACGACUGCCUGGCCCAUAAACCAGUUGCUUCCGGUCAACAAUCAAAUCGAAAUCAUUCCAAUUCACUCAGCUUCACCAGCCGCUGCUGGAUCUUGCUCUGCCGGACAAGCUAUUCCCAUACAAAAUUUUAUCAACCUGAAACCCGACCACAACUCAGCGACAAAUAACGGUGGAGGUAUUGUGAUAACUCCUAUCACAGCUUUAGAUCAAAACUACCUGAGACAACAACAACAGCAGCAGCAGCAGCAGGUGAUGCAGCAGGCACAGAUACAUUUACAGCAACAACAACAUCCGCAGCAACCACAGCAACAAUAUCAAACACAAUCGUAAACUUGCUAUUCUUUAAAACUAGUUUCACCUGCAAAUGAAUCGUGUUUUCGAUGACAUUGAUAAGAAACAGAGUUUUGUGAUGAACUUCAGCACACUUCAGAAGAGUCAUUUUGAUAUUUAAAAUUUCGCUUCAUCUGUUUGCAAUACGGUUUUACUUCUCACAAUUAGUUGAUUGACAAUCCGACGAAAGAAAAAGCGAGCAAAGUUUCUACAAAACAAACUUUCAUCAUAAGCGUAGAUACGAAACCUAGAAGUAUUCUAAAAUCAAAUGGUUUUGUUUCGUUUCACCAUUUUUUAAAUCUUAUAUUUAUUCAAUAUCGUUAACAACAUAUUUCAAAGGCGUGUAGUCUUUGGAUGACGAAACAAUCGAAAAAGCAUUCACGCGCAGCUGUUAAUCUCAUGCUCGGAAUCAAGUCGUGCGAAAACUCUGACCCUGAUGUGCAGAAGUAUCAAAUAUUCUAAGCAGCAUCUGGAUAUUAAGUUAUUUUUGUUUAAUAGUCUAUAUGCGAAUAUUUUUAUUUUUAUUUAGAAAACGAUCAGUCAAGUUUACAAGCGAAAACAAUAAACUUUGU